UAGGUCAGUUACUCUAGAUGCUUAAGGAAUUUUUCUCAGAAACACAUUAUUUGAUUAUGUCCUAUAUAAAUGCCACAUCCCAAUGAAGAAAGACACGCUUUAGUUUGGAGAAUUAAGAGGAAGAAACAAGGGAACUGUUUCAUAUUCAAAAUGGCAAGUUCCCGAGUUGUUUCAUUGGCUUUGUUUAUCUCAGCUAUUGCAUUUCAUUUGGUUGUGGUCAAUUGUACGUUCUCAGAGAACACGUAUAUCAACUGGGGGGCACAUCAUUCUUGGAUGCAAGGCGAUGAUCUUCAGCUCGUCCUCGAUCAAUCCUCAGGCUCUGGUGUGCAAUCGAAAGGAACAUUUCUCUUUGGAAGCAUCGAAACGCUAAUCAAAUUGGUACCUGGAAACUCUGCUGGAACAGUCACAGCAUAUUAUUUGUCGUCUACCGGUGACAAGCAUGAUGAGAUCGACUUUGAGUUUCUGGGGAAUGUAUCAGGACAGCCCUAUACUAUUCACACUAACAUUUUUGCUCAAGGAGUAGGAGGCAGGGAACAACAAUUCUAUCCAUGGUUUGACCCAACCACAGAUUACCAUAACUACACUAUUCAAUGGAAUCCAACUGCAGUUGUAUGGUACGUCGAUGAUAUACCAAUCAGAGUCUUCAGGAACUACCAAAGCCAGGGAAUUGGCUAUCCAAAUGCACAAGCAAUGGGAGUUUACUCCAGUCUUUGGAAUGCGGAUAACUGGGCGACUAGAGGUGGACUUGAUAAGAUUGACUGGAACAGUGCUCCAUUCAUUGCCAAGUACCACAGUUUCAGGGCAAGGGCUUGCGUCUGGAAUGGACCAGUUAGCAUCACUCAAUGUGCUGCUCCAUGGCUAAACAACUGGUAUACCGCUCCUCAAUAUAGUCAACUGAGUUAUGAUAAGAAGGGUCAGAUGGAUUGGAUCAGGAACAAUUACAUGAUCUAUGACUACUGCAAAGACAGUAAACGCUUCAACGGACAGUUCCCUAGUGAAUGUUUUAAGCCUCAAUACUAAUAGGUGGAUCGUGUCCACAACUGGAGCCGUUUCUUAUACUAUAUUUUGUGCAAAAAAGUUGAGGUGUUCUUAUUUUUAUUCAUACUUUUAUUAUUUCAUUCCAAUCCCCUGUUUUACCCACAA